CCUGCCAGUUCUCUCUCGGCUGUCGCGCAGUAAAGUGUUAUAACUUUUCGUCUCGGUUCUCGCGUCACUUUCGUCAAGGUUUCUUUUUUUUUUUAUCCUUCUACUGGUAUCAUUGUUCUCUUAGAGAGGCCACCGAUCUACGAUGAGUCUCUAUGUAUUCCCUUGUGAAUCGCGUGUGAUCAUGUGACAGAAAAAUCAUCGUGUGAGAAAAAGUAAGAAAAGAAAAGAAGAAAGAAAAAAAAGAGACAGACAGAGAGAGAGAGAGAGAGAGAGAGAGAGAGAGAGAGAGAGAGAGAGAGAGAGACAGAAAGAGAGAGAGAGAGAGAGAGAGAGAGCACAUAUAGACACAUAUACACGUACACGCAUACACAUACAACGCAGAAGAAGAGCGUCGUGGCAGCUUCCGCAUCGCUAAGGAGAACUCGGGACCCACAUCAGCUAGUAUUCUUUGCCAACCCUAUUUCACGAAGCUUCUUUAACAUUCUUCGUCUUUCGAGGUUUAUCAUCGAUACUUUCUUGGAUUGUUUUCGUCCGUUGGAACAUCGCACAUUCUUUUUCCAAAGAACGUUCCUAAGGGAAAAGGAAUUUCAAAGAAAGAAACGAACGAACGAACGAACGAACAUCGAAGGAAGAAUCACACGAGAAGAAUUGGGAUGAUCGUGAGGAAUAAAUCACAAACGGAGGAUCAACUGUUGUCAUCAUGGAAAAUCGCAGGAUCCUAGUGAGAAAAAUCUAUGAAGAGUAGUAUAAUAAAGAAUACUACAUAACACGUGUUAUACUUUCUUCGUAUAGUGUCGGAAAAUAAGUUUCGUUCUUUUGUCUUAUUUCAAUUUAAAUUUGUCGGGUGGAAUUGAUUGAUCGAUCAAUCGAUCGAUCGAUCGAUCGAUCGUUAUUGUGAGUUAAAUUUUCGUUGACGGGCGUAUAUCGUGAUCCAAGGAGUACGACCAACACAACGAACAUACGUGCGUGCGUUCGUACGUUCGUUGUUUCUUUGUUUGUUUGUUGUUUGUUUGUUUGUUUGUUUGUUUGUUGAAGGAAAGUGUGGAAAAAGUAAAAAAAGCAAAACAAAGAAGAACAAAAAGAAAAACGAAUAAAAGAAAGAGGAGUAGGAGGGAGGAGGGGGUGGGGUGGUGGGAGUUUGAGAGAAAAAGAAAAGAGUAGAAAAAGUGAAAAUACAUAUGCGUCUUACGUAGAUGUCAACGUCGAACGUCAACUUAUGUUAAAUAACGUGACCACCAAACAAUUUUCGUGGAUAAUUACUUAAGAGGAGUGUGUCAUAUGGCCCUGGAAUAUGGUACUACUACCUACAAUAUGCACCACACGAAUCAAUUAGAAGACGUGGGCUAUAGGAGUAUCGAGAUCACGUCGGCUUUCACGCAUCUACCUCAAAAGGAGAUGGCCAGGGACACCCCGGGCUCGCCUAUGUCACGCCCGCGGGAUUUGGGUAGUGGAGGCGGUGGCGGCGGCGGCGGCGGUGGCGGAGGAGGCGGUGGCGGCGGUGGUGGUGGCGGCGGAGGGGGAGGAGGGGGCGGGGGUGGAGGUGCUGCAACGGCCACCUUAACUUCCGGCGCCUAUCAUGCUGCAGUUGCUACCUCCGAUCCAACGACCCUGCAUGGCCACGCUUUGCAACAGAAAAUACUCGAGCUACAGCAGCACCAUCAGCUACAGCAACAAAUCCUGCGGCAGCAGUACCAAGCACAGGAACGGCAAUUGGCCGAGAUGCACGAACAACAAAUGCAUCAGCUCAAGCUUUGGGAAAAGCAGAAACAAUUGGAGGAGCAAUUGAGGGAAAAGGAACGAUUAGAGGCACUCAGGAAGAAGGACAAGCACGAUCAUAGCGCCAUCGCUUCGACGGAGGUCAAACAACGUCUUCAGAGUUUCCUGGUUAACAAAAAGCAAAGGGAAGCCGCUGCAGCGGCGAACGGGGCCGUCCCUGGUACACCUGGAUAUAGAAGCUGGUUGCAGCCACAGUCCGAAACAACGAGCAACACAAAUUCCUCGCAUCCUUAUCGUAUGCCACAGAUGUUGCAGGAGAAGUUUGGCGAUGAUUUCCCAUUGAGAAAGACAGCAUCGGAGCCGAACCUGAAGGUGCGACUAAAACAGCGCGUGGAGAGGAAUAUGGCGGCCUUGCGGCACUCGCCCCUGAUGGCACGAAGGAAGGAUCGUCUUCUGUCGCACCUCAAGCGGAAGUCGCUACUAGCAAAUGCUGGUAGCAAUCCAGAAUCGGGGCCUAACUCACCGCCGACUGUUAAUAAUUCUCAGGCGAGUCCCACCGCAGGAAGCAAUACAGCGAUACAAGAGGAAAGCGAAAGUACGAGUUAUGGUGGCCCGCUGACGAGUAGUAGUCAACAGGGAAGUCUCUCGGAUCUUUCGUUAUUUAGUUCACCGUCCAUGCCCAAUAUCUCUUUGGGAAGACCUCAAAUUCCAUCCAGCUCGGCUCAGAGCGGAUCGAAAUUAGCACCAGUCUCUGAAGCUGAAGUUCGUGCCGCAUUUACGGCUCGUCUUGGUAUGCCAUUGACAGGUCAAAUGUUACCAGGCACAUUACCGUUCUAUCCAUCGCUGACGGUCAUCGAUGGAGAUCCUACGUACAUUCACAAACAAAUGCAAAAUUUGGAACAAGUGUCAGUAGGGAGCAGGCAACAUCCGGUAUAUCAUACCGCGCCGAUUACGGAUACACAAGUAGCACAUACAAGACUGCAGAAGGCUAGUCACCGGCCUUUAGGUAGUAGAACUCAAUCCGCGCCAUUACCUCUUGGUCAUCCGAUGUUGCAAAGUGGUAUGAUGGCACCACCUGCGCAUUACGAGGAAUACCUGAUGGAGAAACAGCACCAUGAUCAACAACAGGCGCACAAUUAUUUGAAACAACAGAUUCGUCAGACCGUAUUAACGCGAGUUAGUUCUCGAGGGCAGACCAAUCAGUUGGACGAAGCGCCAGAAAGCGAGGAAUCCGAAGUGAUAGAUCUUACGGGAAAAAAGGAUUUAUCGGAGGAGAGCGAAAUUUCGAAACAACAGAGGGACCGUGAACAGUUUUUGCAACAACAGAGAGAUCUGAUGAUGAGACACACCUUACAGACGAACGAGUCGACGGCCUAUCCUGGCGGAAGGAGUUCACAAUCCGCCAGACCACUCUCAAGAGCGCUCUCUAGUCCGUUGGUACAUUUAGGACCUCAGGGUGGCGGUGGUGAUAUGUUUGCUCGGGGCUCACCUCAUCGAGCUAACACAGGAUUGGCAUACGAUCAAUUGAUGCUAAAACAUGCCUGUGUUUGUGGUGAAACUGUAAGGGGUCAUCCCGAACACGGUGGUAGAUUACAGAGCGUUUGGGCUAGACUAUCGGAAACGGGAUUAUCUCAGCGUUGCAGUCGAGUUCGUUCUCGUCAGGCUACACUUGAAGAAAUUCAAACGUGUCAUAGCGAGGCACACACGCUUUUAUUCGGAACGAAUCCUUUGAAUCGUCAAAAAUUAGACAUGUCGAAACUUCCACAAUUACCGAUCAUUGAAUUGCCUUGCGGAGGAGUAGGCGUUGAUUCCGAUACAACGUGGAACGAAUUAAACACCGCACCUGCCGCCCGAAUGGCUGUAGGAUGCGUCGUUGAUCUCGCUUUAAAGGCAGCAAUGGGUGACAUCAAGAAUGGCUUUGCGGUCGUUAGACCUCCGGGACAUCAUGCGGAGAGCAAUCAAGCGAUGGGCUUUUGUUUCUUCAAUUCCGUGGCGAUCGCUGCUCGUCUGUUGCAACAAAAACUUGACAUCAGAAAGAUAUUGAUCCUUGAUUGGGACGUUCAUCAUGGAAAUGGAACACAACAUAUGUUCUACGACGAUCCUAGAGUACUUUAUCUCUCCAUACACCGACACGACGAGGGUAACUUUUUCCCAGGUACGGGUGGACCAACGGAAUGUGGUACAGGCGAGGGUUUAGGAUACAACGUGAACGUAGCAUGGUCUGGUGGAUUAAAUCCACCAAUGGGAGACGCCGAAUAUUUGGCAGCCUUUAGAACGAUCGUUAUGCCGAUCGCUAAGGUUUUCGAUCCUGAAAUCGUCCUAGUUUCUGCGGGUUUUGACGCUGCCGUUGGUCAUCCCGCACCUCUUGGUGGCUACAAGGUCAGCCCUGCGUGUUUCGGUAGAAUGACGCAACAGUUGCUAACUCUCGCAGGUGGUAAGGUCGUUCUAGCUUUGGAAGGUGGUUAUGACUUGGCAGCGAUCUGCGAUUCCGCACAGGAGUGCGUUAGAGCUUUGCUAGGUGAUGAACCAACUCCAAUACGAGAGGAUGAACUCACGCGGGCUCCUUGCCAAAAUGCCAUUGAUACAUUACAAAAGACUAUCGCCAUUCAGAUGUCUCAUUGGCAAUGCGUUAAACUCUUCGCUCAUACCGUCGGUAUGAGCGCAAUUGAGGCGAGUCAGAAGGAACACGACGAAACAGAAACAGUAUCUGCUAUGGCUUCGCUUUCAAUGCAACAGCCUACGAAUCUUACAACUACGCCGGAUCAUUCCCGAGAAGUCUCCGAGGAACCGAUGGAGCAAGACGAGGCAAAAUGAAGUGUACUCGUUUAAAAGAUGUUAACGAUCAUCGAGAUCAUGUUGAAAAUGAGUUGAGAAACGUCAUGAACGCGGAGGUAUAGAGGAACCGGAGAAAAAUGAAAACGAGGGAAUCUCGUUUUCUUUUUUUUUUUUCAAAGAUAAAUGUAAAUCAUGGAUUUGGUAUGUUUCAUUUGGAAAGAUUAAUCCAUGAAAAGUCUACGGUGAUGAGAUCGUCGACGUGUUUAUCUGUAAGUCGUCGACGAACCUUUGAUGGCGUUUUCUUUUUUUUUUCUUUUUUUUUUUUUUGUAAGACACAACAAAGCAUUGGAAAAAAUUUUGUCAAAUUUUUGUCGUUCAAUGAACGGAAUUGUAUAAACGCGCGAGUACACUAUUUUCGUGUGUUUAAGAUUAUCACGAAGCGAAAGAGCCAUUAUUUGUCGCUUCUUAAUUGGAUAAUCUAACUUUUUGUUCUUCUUUUUUUUUUUUUC